CACCCGAGCUGGUCCGGAUUGGCCGCUGCCGACACCUCCCGGGCCCGUUCGACCUUUUCCUCAGAGAUGGCGAUCUUUUUCUCGUUGUUGCUGCUCAUCGGCUCAUCCUCGGCUGACCACGAGUUCUACUCUUCCAUCAGUCACAUGACGGAUCUGCUGUACACUGAGCACGACCUGGUGGCCUCGCUGGAGGAUUACAUCCAAGCCGAGGAGACAAAACUGGAGCAGAUCAAAAGGUGGGCUCAGAAGCUGGCUAACCUCUCGGCGUUUGCCCUGGAGGACCCCGAAGGCUUCCUGGGCCAUCCCGUCAACGCCUUUAAACUUCUGAAGCGGAUCAACAAAGAGUGGAGCGAGCUGGAGAGCCUGGUGCUCACCGACGUCUCUGACGGUUUUGUCUCCGAACUCGGCGUCAAGAGGCAGCGCUUCCCCGACAACGGAGACCUGACGGGGGCGGCCCAAGCCCUCCUGAGGCUCCAGGACACGUACGAGCUGGACACCGACACCCUCGCCAAAGGGGAGCUGCCAGGAAACUCGCGGCUCUGCAGCGGCCUGACGGUGGACGACUGCUACGACUUGGGCAUGGUGGCGUACAAGGGAAACGACUUCUACCACACCGAGCUGUGGACGUCUCAGGCUCUCCGACAGCUGGAGGAGGGCGAGACGCCCGCGACCGCGGACGCCGUCACCCUCCUGGACUACCACAGCUACUCCCUCUACAAGCAAGGAGAUCUGGAGAGAGCCAAGGAGUCCACCAAGCGGCUGCUGGAGAUCGAUCCGGGAAACGAGCGAGCCGUCCAGAACCUCAAGUACUUCGAGUUCCACCUGGAGAAACAGAAGACGGGCGAGGAGACGCCGGAGACGCUCGCGAGCGGUCGAGCCGGCCGCAACGGCGCGUACGAGCGGCUGUGCCGCGGCGACAGCGUGGAGUUGACGCCGCGCCGCUGGAGCCGCCUGUUCUGCCGUUACCAAGACAACCGCGGUCAUCCCAACCUCCUGAUCGAUCCCGCCAAGGAGGAAGACGUGUGGGACCUCCCGCGCAUCGUCCGCUAUCACGACGUGGCGUCGGACCGCGACAUGGAGACGGUCAAAGAGUUGGCCAGACCCAAACUCCUGCGCUCAAUGGUGAAAGACGGCGUGACGGAAAAAAGUUAUACCGUUUCUUACAGAAUCUCCAAGAACGCCUGGCUGGGCGACAAGAAGUUUGCGGCGGUGGACAGAAUGGUCCGGAGGAUGGGGGACAUCACGGGCCUGGACACGUCCACGGCCGAGGAGAUGCAGGUGGUCAACUACGGCGUCGGAGGACAGUACGAACCCCAUAUGGACUUUCAAGGGGACGACGUUCCCGAACCGUACGCGGAAUUUGGCACCGGAAACCGAAUCGCCACCUGGCUGCUUUACAUGAGCGACGUGCAGGCAGGGGGCGCCACCGUCUUCCCCAGAGCGGGCGCCGUCGUCUGGCCCGUCAAGGGCUCGGCCGUCUUCUGGUACAACCUCCUGCUCAACGGAAAGGGAGACAGAAAAACCGAGCACGCCGCCUGCCCCGUCCUGGUGGGGAGCAAGUGGGUGUCCAACAAGUGGCUGCACGAGCGGGGUCAGGAGUUCAGGAGGCGCUGCUCUCUGGAAAGUUCCGACUGAGCGCGGCCCGACUUCACCGAGGCCAUCUUCUGGCCGUUACCACGACAACCGUAACAACUCCUCAUGGGUAUAAGCUGCAAUGUGACCACGUUCAGCUUGUUUGUUUUGCCUUCAAAUAAGCGGAAUAAUCGAUUGUGGGAAUAUUUUAAGAAGAAUUUCCUGUUG